CUGCGCAUGCCCUCCGUGACCGAGCACCUCCUCCUCCUGAGCGACCACCGCUGUCGGUCGAGUCUGCUACCGUCUGCCAUAUUCACAAUUGUUGCAUCGUCUGGCGAGAAAUAAGUACCACGGACAGAAUGUCAACUGCUAGUUGCAUCUGAAUUGCCGCGACACGGGAUCCGGGGUUGUACUAUCCACUCCUCAGGGACGGAGCCGAUGGCAUGGUCCAUACGUUCGCAGAUUGCGUCAGCAUGCGAGUCACCAUAACAAAUCGUGGACCUCGUUCGUGGGUGCAAUCACCGCUCGCGGUGUUGGCGGUGACUCUGGCCGAUAACAAUCGUCUCGGUUUACAAGGGCGCCGCGUCCUCGCCGGGCGACGUUAUAAGACUCGCUACUCUGCGUGUCUCUGGGGAAGAUUUCAACUUACAAUGCCGUCGCUCGUUAUAGCCAACGACAUCGAGUUUCACUAUACCGAUAGCGGUGUUCCCCCACUCCAGGAUGUGCCGUAUAUCACCCUCAUUGCAGUGCAUGGGAUGGGGUACAACAACGGUAUAUUCAAGAGGGUGCAGGAACUCGCCCAAGACGCGAAUCUUCGCAUUGUCGCAGUCAACCGUCGCCAGUACGCCGGUUCUACGCCGGUUCCAGACGCAGAAUCCGCGGUACUCGUAUCCGGCAGCGACGAACAGAAGGCAGAGUUUCUGGCUGCCCGCGGCCUCGAGCUUGCCCAGUUCGCCGUCACUUUCAUACGGAAGGAAGGAACACCACCCAUCUCGACUGACAGGAAGGGAGGUGGCGUGGCGCUCCUCGGAUGGUCGUCCGGAAACACCGCAACGCUUGCGAUGAUUGCGAACGUCGACAGGCUACCGUCUGACAUGCAGAGCUGCCUCGCAGUGCACUUGCGCGCACUCAUCAUGCAAGAGCCACCGUCACUUGCUAUAGGUUACCCGCUCCCGCCCGGUACCUGGGCACCCCACAUGGACACUUCUAUGCCUCCGGAGCUUCACACGCCUUUCUGGGCGCAGUGGAUCACCUCAUACUUCGACCACGGAGACCCCUCCAGCCGCGACCCGGAGGUCCUCUCGUACAUCGUCCCGUCCUUCUCCCGCCGGCCGACCAUCUACGACAUGACCGCGGAAGAGCUCGAACAGAUGCUCGACCAGUCGGUGGCAGAGAUGCCUGGGAUGUUCUGCAGCACCGCGCAGGCGCUGGUGAACACUCGUAAGGCGUGUUUCGAUGACAAGAUUAGGGCGCUCCUGCCGCAUUUGAAGGUUUCCCAUAUUGAGGGGAGUUGCGCUGCGUCGUUCGCCAUUCCUGGUCGCUGGAGCCUCGAGGAUGAUGAUCAGGCCAAUGGAGGAGGGCGCAUAAACUUCGUGAUGAUCUCUGGCGUGAACCACUUCAUGCAUUGGGACAACCCACGCGAAACUAUGAAGACGUACCUGGACGUUCUGUAGUAGGAUAUCUAGAAUUCGUGACGCUUUUCAUGACCAUAUGUGGCAUCGCGACAGUAUGUGACCGCUCGUGAUCCGCGGAAAGUAUGUUUUCUUGGGGACCCAUGUAGCGACGAGAGAAUUGGAAAGCAUCUGAUAUGUCACCGCUGCGAUGACUUCACGCGCCAGACAUGUCGGUAAUUUCAGCCUGAGUGCGAGCUCCUCCGCCAUCCACACCACGCCG